GCGGGGUUUCCAUUUCAGGCUGUUUGUGGGAGUAAGUAAUUUAGGUUGUGGCUGCAAUCUUUCCACUUGCACAGAUCAACACCAACAGUCAGCUCUGACACAAUGGCCGACAUGGACGUAUUUUCUGCUAUGGGCAUUGUUGGAUUUGGCAAGGCUGCCAAGAAGCGCGAGCUUGACCCCAACAGGUUCGACAAAAUGAAACGUGAGGAGCUAGUGCAGCCCAAAGUGGAGGCCAAGCCCUUGAUUCCUGCAUCAGGGCCUUUCAAAAUGUCUAUUCGGGCACCUUCUCAAUCUGACGAAGACUCGGACGACCCCGGGCCUUCCCUUCCGCAACCAGGCUUUUUCAAACAGGAUGUUGAUGGCUUAGGCGACGAAGACAACGAAGACAAUGCUGGCUCUACUGACGACGAACCAGAAUAUGACCCCAGCGCUCCUUCGCUAUCAACUCCCGAUUUCCCGAUCACACACGAGGCAACGCUCAAAGAGCACACCAAGGUGAUUUCCGCGCUUACGGUAGAUCCGAGCGGUGCACGUGUGUUGAGUGGUUCGCAUGACUAUGAUUGUAAGUUGUGGGAUUUUGGUGGAAUGACGACGCAAACAAGGUCCUUCAAGACGUGGGAGCCUGCAGGCAGUUACUAUGUUAACGACCUUAAAUACUCUAACGAUGGCCAGCAGUUCCUCGUAAUUUCAGGGACAAUUCAAGCCAAGCUGUUUGAUCGGGAGGGCGAGGAGAAAGCAACAUUCGUCAAGGGUGAUAUGUAUAUCAGAGACAUGAAGCAUACUGCUGGACACGUCGGGGAACUUUCAAGUUGCAUGUGGCAUCCGAAAGACAAGCAGUAUUUUAUCACUAGCUCGGCAGACUCAACUAUUAGAAUAUGGGAUGUCGAGAACAAACGGAAACAGAAAUCCGUUAUUGUUGUCAAAUCAAAAGAACGUGGUGCACGGACCAAAGUGACGACGUGCGCUUACUCUACCGAUGGAACGCUGAUCGGAGGCGCCUGCCUCGAUGGCGCACUGCAUAUGUGGCAGGCGUCAUCAAAUUUUGUGAGGCCAAACAUGACGAUUGAGGGCGCACACACGAAAGGAACAGAUGUUGGAUCUCUGGUUUUUUCCGUUGAUGGGAGAACAGUACUGACGAGAGGAGGGGACGACACCGUUAAGCUGUGGGAUUUACGGGCCUUUAAACGACCGCUCGCGUCACAUUCGGGGGCUACGACAUUGUAUCCUGGCACGAAUGCUGUAUUCAGCCCUGAUGAAAAGUAUAUUUUAACAGGCACAGGAGCGUCCGCAAAGGGAGGACGAGGCAAACUAACGUUACUCCGCCGAGAGAGUCUCAGUGUGGUGAAGGAGAUUGACAUGGACACAACACCAGUCAAAGUGGUCUGGCAUUCCAAGAUAAAUCAAAUUAUUACAGGUCUUGCCAACGGCACCAUUGCAGUACUGUAUUCACCGGAGACGUCGUUGAACGGUGCGAAACUGUUACUGUCAAAGGGAGUCCCCAAGCGACCGACGAUCGAGGACUUGUCGGACGCACUCGCUGCACCAACGAUCUUGACGCCGCAUGCCUUGCCAAUGUUCAAAGAUGGGGAGGGAUUAGUGAAGGGAAUGAAGAGGAAGUUUGAAAAGGACCGAAUGGACCCGAGGAAGAGCAGAAGGCCGGAGUUGCCGGUGACAGGACCGGGUCGGGGAGGACGGGUUGGUGCGAGUGCGACGCAGCACGUUGUACAGAAUUUGGUGCGGGAUACGACACGCGACGAAGAUCCACGGGAGGCAUUACUCAAGUAUGCGAAGAUGGCAGACGAGGACCCUCAAUGGACUUCAGCUUCCAUCCCCAUCCAUCCUCCGAGCGGAACACCAAGACCAAUGGAGGGCCAGUUGUUGGAUGAUGUAAAGAUGGCAGAGGAGACAACAGUUGAUGACUCGGAUCAAGUCCCGACCACUAACGGCGUCAACGGCGCACACACCGCUGACGCCGAUGGAGAUGUCCACAUGGACCAGUCCCCCCCUACCACCAACGGUCGCUCUAAUGGCACACCACGCCAUUCAUCACCAGCUCCUGUGGACUCUACUGGCCCACCAACAUCGCGUGCUACUUCCAACUUCGAUUCUCCUCAGCAGCGCUCUGACGCCGUCGAUGAUGAUAAUGAAGCCAGACCACCCCCAGCUAAGCGCGCGCGUAAAUAUUCAGACGCCGAUCAGGCAUCCAUUGCCAAUACUGGCUCUCCCCCUCCUAUUACAGCUUCCUCUGUACAAACAAAUGGUGACACCGUUGUAUCAAGUCCAACCCCAGUGUCCAUACCUACAGGUAACGGCAUAUCGACCCUCAGCCCCGUGCAACACAGAUUUUGUCUGUCGACGGUACGCUCGCUUAAGAAGCUCAAGGAUGCUGCCGCGUUUGUGCAUCCCGUGGAUCCCGUCGCUCUUAAUAUUCCCCAUUACCCAUCCAUAAUCAAGACUCCCAUGGACUUCAGCACCAUCGAGCGCAAGCUCAUGGCGUCUAAUCCCGCCAAGCCGGAGACUAGUCCCAACAUUCCACGCUAUUACAGCGCCGAGGAGUUCGUCUCCGACGUGCGACUAGUGUUCAGUAAUUGCAUCACGUUCAAUGGCCCGGACCAUGUGAUUGCUCAGGCAGGCAAACACGUCGAGGCUGUCUUUGAUAAGCAGAUUAAGCAGCUUCCACCUCCAGCCGAGCCGAAGCCUCCUAUUGUCAAGAAAGUCGCUACACCACCUCCACCUCCACCACCACCAGCUCCCUCCAAGAAAGCCGCGGCGGCACCUGUUCGUCGCCCUUCAACCUCAGUUCCUGUCAUUAGGCGCAAUGAAGCCGAACAGGCAUCUGCACGGCCGAAACGUGAAAUCCAUCCACCUCCCCCGAAAGACCUACCAUAUGCCGAUGUGCCAAAAAAGAUGCGCAAGGUCAAGGUACCGAAGGACGAUGGCACAGGGGAGCAGCUCAAAUAUUGCGGGAGGAUCUUAAGUGAUCUUCAGCGAAAGCAGCAUCAAACAAUUGCUGCUCCGUUUUAUGAGCCUGUUGGUAUGACCAAAGUCAAUUUCGUACCUUGCGAUGAGAUCGAUCAUAAUCCUACAGAUGCUGUAAAGCUUGAUAUUCCGACAUAUUAUAAAGUCAUCAAGAAGCCCAUGGACAUGUCUACCAUGCGGAAGAAGCUUGAGGCUGGGGAGUAUCCCAAUGCCUCAAAGUUCUUUGAUGACUUCAAGCUCAUGAUCCGCAACUGUUUCUUGUUCAACCCUGCUGGAACACCUGUCAAUCAGGCAGGGAUUGAGUUGCAGCGACUGUUUGACGAGAAGUGGAAGAAUCUGCCGGCCCUUCGGGAUGCAAGUGAUGAUGAAGAGGAGGAGUACGAGGAUGAGGAGUCGGAGGAAGAACGUAAUCGUGGGUGGACCUCACAUACCCAGCGUGUUCAUCCGCUAAUGUACUUUAUAUACACAGGCAGGAUCGCCACCAUGGAGGCUCAAAUCGAGUCGAUGCGCGGUAAUCUCAUGGCCCUGAAGGCCAAGCCGGCUAAGGAGAAGAAGAAAAAGGAGAAGAAAGAGAAGGCUCCUGUUGCUUCUACCUCAAAGGCCGCUGCUUCGCGCGCACCCAAGGCAGCACCUGCGACCAACGGGAGCAAGCGUAAGACCACGACUAAGAAGCCUAUGGCCGAGGACGAUGCGCUAUCAUUUGAGCAGAAGAAGGACUUGAGUGAGGCCAUCACCAGUCUUGAUGGGGUGAAGCUUGAGAAAGUCAUCCAAAUUAUUCAUGAGGGCGUUCCCGAAAUUCGUGAUAGUACUGAGGAGAUCGAACUUGAGAUCGACAUACUACCACCACACGUUCUCACAAAGUUGUAUAACUUUGUGCUUCGGCCUCUGCGGCAGCCAACGCAGAAACGGAAUCGAACUGGCAAGGGUACGGGUACUGGUGGCCUUAAACGGAAGAGCAUGGACGAGACCGCUGAAGCUGAGAAGAUCCGCAAGCUGGAGGAGCGGAUGCGGCUCUUCGAUGAUAACAACUUUGCCACACCCAACGCUGCACCUACGCAACCUCAUCAGAACGAUAGCGAUCAUUCAUCGGACUCUUCUUCAGACGACAGCUCAGGCAGCGAGUCGGAGUAAUUCGUCUUCCCUGCCUUGCGAUGUCGCUGGUUGAUAUUUUUUGCGCGACUUCGUCGGGUUGUUGGUAGAUUUUCUUCGCCCCCCGCUUAUUGUUUUCCUAUAAUUGUGACUGUCGUCUUGAUCUUUAUAACCUUCAGAACUUGUGCUACUCUUCAUCUCUUCGCUCUCUCGCAAGCAAACGUACAUACAUACACCACCAAAAUUAAAGAACAGCAAUGUAGUUAGUUAAUUCUAGUCGUGACUGAUGGUCGUCACAAUUGUAGACCGUGCCUGCUCGAUACCCUUCGAUACCUUGACUUUGUUUGAUUCCACGUAUGUACGAUGACGUCGUUUGCUGGAUCUAAUGUUAUCUGGGCUUCUUUG